AUGCCUUCUCUGCCCACUCACCGUCGAGGCGGCAGCUCCCCAUCCCCAGCUGCUGCUUCUGCAGGGUCUUCUGAUGAAAUGACGCCGUCUCCGUCCACUUCUUUCUCCUCAGACAAAGAAAAUCGAAAUUCAAAUAGUCGAUCAGAGAAAAGGAAAACUACCCAUCUAGCAUCUCAGUCGACACAGAAACCUCAAGUGAUGACGGACGCGUCGAACAAAAGGCGAAAAUUAUCACACAACAGAGGACUGUCUGAUCGCCAGAGCCAAGCCACACACAGACGACGGCCUCAACAAGUUCAAGAUACCGAUCUAUAUGACCCCAAUCAAGAUCCAGAAGAGCGCCGGGCGGUGCGAAAAGGACUGAGAGACCUUGCAACGAACCUGAAUGAUUCUCGCGCAGAAUACCUCAAGCCUGGCUCUAACGGUAUACGUACUACACUGGAGAAGGCAAAUGAGUGGUUCAAAUCAGUGAAACAGACGUCAGAUGCAACCAUAGAUUCGCGACUUCUCGUGUCCGCGGCCGAUUUAUCGUACAAGCGCACCGCGCAAACCGUUCUAGGCGAUGGCGAUACCGGAAUCGAUGUGGAUGAGUUCGUGUCGAAAUGUAUUUCAUACAUGCGCCAAGGGCCCAGAGGGGAGGAGCCAUCAUUUUCUAGCACCCAGAGACGACGCCGUCGCGUUGCGGGCAACGAUCUAGUUGAAGAAGAUAGCGACGAUGAAGGAGAUGCGCUUAACUGGGAUUGGCUUGGCCGAAGAGCCUGCCUUCCCAACAAUCUGCGACCAGCCCUUUCUGGGUUUUUGCUUGGUCCACUGUCGGUGCAGAAGCGAUUCCGGCAACAAAGUCAAAGGAGAGCUAGACAGGAGCGUUUUGACCCAUCUCUGGCUAGAAAACCACUCGAUUUAGAGGAGAAAGAUAUAGAUAAGCAAGAGACCUCAAACCUGACUGCCAUGUGUACCGAUAUCAGGGAGCUUCUGGUGAAGACCCAAUCACACAGUGAGGCGCUGGUUAACGAAGAGCUCUCUCAAAUGGGUGAUGAUGUUUCUGAGGACGCUGUCAAGGAAGUGAUGAGCAAACAUCCGAUUUCAGAUGAUGGCGGUGUCCCACUAUUCCGGUUCUGCAUCAAUCCAAAGUCAUUUGGCCAAACUGUCGAAAAUCUUUUCUAUGUUAGCUUCUUGAUUCGUGAUGGUAGCGUUGGUAUAUCAAUGGACAGCAAUGAACUCCCCACGCUACUCCCCUCUCAACCCGCAGCACCAUCAGAAGCACAGGCCAAGAAGCUGCAGAAGCACCAGACAGUUUUUAGUCUCGAUUAUGAAACCUGGGAAGAUCUUAUCGAAAUAUUCAACAUCGAAGAGUCUUUAAUUCCCCACCGAGAAGAAGGGACAACAGAGUCGGCAGAUAAAAGAAAGGCUCCUGGCCGGCGUACUUAG